AUGCUGCCGCCCGCGCCGCGCCGCGACCCGGGCCCGGGGACCGCGCGGAGGCGGCCGGGGGGCGCGGAGGGCCGCGGCCGAGACGCGCCGGGGCCGGGGGCGCGCGGGCCGGGUGAAGCCGGGCGGGAGCCGCGAGGCAGGCGCGGGCGAGCGCGGGGGCCGGGUGCGCGCGGACCGGGCGAAUCCCCCGCCAGGAGCCGGCGAGCUGGCGUGCGCGGGCCGGGGGGCUCCGGGGCGGCCGGGGCCGGGGCGGCCGGGGGCGGCGAGCGGCCUCGGGCCCCCCGCUCACGGGGAGGCUCCCUGCCCGCGCCCGUCCCCAGCGGUGGCCGGGUCUGUCACUGCGGGCCGCCCCCCGACGGAGCCGCCCCGGCCAUGCCGCCGCCCGCGCCUGCGCCCAGGCCGGCCGUUACCCCGGGGCCGCGCGGCGUCGUCGCCUCGGAGCGCUGGGCGCGGCGCCCGAACGGGCCUGGCGUGCGGUGCGGCGGAGGGAUCCGGAGAGAUGCGCCGCCGCCGGAGCUGCCCGCGCGGACGGAUCGGUUCGGCGGGAGCCGAGCGCAGCGCGUUCGCGAGCACGGGCGGCCGCGGCCAGCACAAGUGGGCGGGGUGGCCGUCUCUCGCGACAGCCCGGGCCGGCCGGGACCGCCCCCCCGCGCUGAUUGGCCCAGUCGCCCGUCUUCGGCACGGGAUUGUCUCGGUCCCGCCACGGGAUUCGUCCGCGCCGCGACCCCGCCUUCCCGGGGGGCUGUCGAUCACGUGGGGACCGCCUCCUCCCGCCCCCCCGGCCGUCGACGCUUCUCGAUUGGUUGA